GCGCCCGCCUCCUGCUGGCUCUGGCGGGCGCUGAUAGGCGGCGGCGGGAGCUGUCCUGUUCUCCCCCUCCCGUCGCUCCCGGCUGGGCCGCGGUCGGUGCCUGGCAGCAGAGGGUCGGCGCCGCCAUCGCCAUGGGCACCCGGGACGACGAGUACGACUACCUCUUCAAAGUUGUGUUGAUUGGAGACUCUGGAGUUGGGAAGAGUAACCUCCUGUCCCGUUUUACACGCAAUGAGUUCAAUCUGGAGAGUAAGAGCACCAUCGGAGUGGAAUUUGCCACCAGGAGCAUCCAGGUGGAUGGGAAGACGAUAAAAGCCCAGAUCUGGGAUACUGCAGGACAGGAACGAUACCGUGCCAUUACCUCAGCAUAUUACCGUGGUGCUGUUGGGGCUCUUCUUGUCUAUGACAUUGCCAAACAUCUCACCUAUGAGAAUGUGGAGCGCUGGCUAAAGGAGCUUAGAGAUCAUGCAGACAACAACAUUGUCAUCAUGCUGGUGGGGAACAAGAGUGACCUCCGCCACCUGAGAGCUGUGCCCACCGAUGAGGCCCGGGCUUUUGCAGAGAAAAAUAACUUAUCUUUUAUUGAAACUUCUGCUCUGGAUUCAACAAAUGUAGAAGAAGCCUUCAAGAACAUCCUUACAGAGAUCUACCGCAUUGUUUCGCAGAAGCAGAUUGCGGACCGCUCUGCGCACGACGAGUCUCCUGGCAACAACGUUGUGGACAUCAGUGUCCCACCAACCACCGACGGACAGAAAUCCAACAAACUCCAGUGCUGUCAGAACCUGUGACCUCCUGUAGAUGACUCCUGUGCCCUCCAAAUUCGUCUGUGCUUCAUUUAGAAACUUGUGUGCACUUCUUAUCUCCUGUGAUUCAGUGACUCCCUCUUCCCUCCUUUAUCCCAUUCCCAAGUCCUCCCCCUCUUUCAUCUUAGAGCUUUAAUCGUAGGGCUAACAUCCCCCUGCCUCUGAACUCCCCUUCCAUGUGGUGACUUUUGGGCUUGAAAUGUAGGCACUGAUCUGAUAGACAUGUUUGUGUUGGAACAUCUGCUGCUGGAUAUUAUCCCAUGAAACACUCUCCUCAAAGGUUUUUGAGGUUUUUUGGGGAGAGAAACCAUGGGGACUUGACUAUAACAGUUGAAGAAAUAACUACAUUUAGGUGACAAGGGUUUUCCCUCCCAGUCUUGUGUUUCUGUAAACAUGGGGGAGAAAUUAAAAGAAAAUAGCUGUCCUACCUACCAAAUGCUCUGUUUCUGUCCUGAUCAAGUCUCACAGUGAGGUUCUUAGUGGCUGCACACACAUAAGAACUCUGAAAAUAACAUUACUUUAUAUGUAAUUACCCCUAAUACAGUUUGUCUGGCUGUGGAGCUUACAGUUUCCUGCUUGGGGAAUCUUCCUCUCUCCUUGUUUUAUUUGGGAACAAUGAAGUAUGUCUGCAUUGCUUUCUCUGCCACCCCGAAUGCCUGUGCUGCGUGUGCAGGCUCUCUGAUGUGGCUUAAUAUUUAUUCAUGGCUUCUGUUAAUCAGUUCACAUUAUUGUACAGUAAGUGCCAGCAUCUUGAUUUCAGAAACCUUUUGCAACCUGUACAAGUAGCUUAUUUUGUACUGUAGGUCAGUGUUGGAAAGCAGGAGCUUCUAUAGUUCCAGGGUUGGUUUUUGUUUGGUUUUGGUUUUGCAUGCUGCUUUUUCUCUAGAUCUCUCCUACCCCUGUUUGAGUGAGUGAAGCAAUAUGUUCAUGUCACCUAUAGACCUGCACUUGUAAGGGGUUUGGUUGUUGUAGAGGAACACGAUAAUACAUUUUGUAAAACUGUCUUGAACUUUCUCUUCCUGACCUUUCACUAUUGACCUUGUGCAUAAUCUUCUUGACCUCUACUAAAAUACGUGAUAUUAAGACUUCACUUAAUAACUACUAAGCUGUUGUUUUCCUCUUACUCAGUUUUACUGAACUGCAGACUGUAACUCUCAAAUGAUUGUACUUCACCUGAUGUAAGGGAUUUGUCAGCAGCAGCGCUACUACAAUACUUUGUUUUGCUGAAUGGGAAGAAUGUUACCACAACUUGGUGUAGCCAGUCUCUUGCUAGCUUGUGAACAUCUUCUGUGAUGGCUUUUCAUCCUCCACUAGCUCUUACACACUUGGCAUCCCCUCUGGUACAUGCUGAAUGUUAUGAUGAGGCAAAUAUUGGGUGAAACUCUCGAAAGGAAGAGUUGGAGACCAUCUGCUGCUCUCUGAAGCAAUUUGCAGUGAAUUUUUGCUCUGUAUUCUGAGACUGUACCUCACUUGAUGCCUAUUAGUGAGUUGAUUUUUUUUCUUUUCUGAUACAAAGCAAAUAGGAAACUGUGAAUUGUUCGUGAAGAGGAAAUCUGACAUUCCAGUCUCAACUGUUCUGUCUGGUUGUGUAAUAAAAUUAAGGGCGGUUAACUCUGAUGGUUUUUCUUUUAUAAGACUUCCAGACCAAUGCCUUUAAUUUUGUACUGUCUGCACCCAGAGGGCUGUAGCUCAUAGCAAAGGGUGCACAUGGUGCCUAAACACUUCCGCUUUUCACCUUUGUUUAUAGAGGCGAAAGGGUUCCUGCUUGCAGCCUCAUCCCAUUGAAUGAGGAUAAGGAUUCCUCUUUAGGCUCUGUCCUAAAGGGGUCCCAGUUCAGGAAGCACCUUUCAACACUUUAAUAGUGUCCUGUUGAGAGAAGGUGCAGCCAGUGGGAACUGGGGCAUCUUCUUUUUGGUGGUCCUAGACCAAAAUGAGAUGUGCAGGGCUGGCAGAGGAGCACCCCAUCAGAGUGGAAAAUUCCGAGGUAGCGAAAAUACUUCAUUCAAGAGCAGGUGGACACUAGCGGAGCUGAGCUCCUUAAUUUUUGAACAAAACUCUUCAUUAAAUGAGUUUGAAAUAGUGUGAGGAAGAAUCAUGAUGUUAAGAUGACUUAUUAUUUGAGGGUGAGGUAUGAACAGGUUUACUCUGCAAAUCCUAUCCUUAACAUGAAGCUUCUAACUCAACCUGGUGCCCUAUAAGAAGCUGAGAAGCUCUUUAGUCACUUCCUUGUCUCUUAAGAGAUUUUCUUUAGUCUUUGGCUUUGUGGGAGACUCUAAACUUUGCCUUGGAGUCCAAGCAAAAGCUUCAUGUCUAGGGCUUAAAUGGCAUUAAAUUAUACAGGUAUCGAAGAGCCCUUGUACAACUUCACUGUGCACUGACCAAGGCCCCCUCAGAGCAGGUGGAUUUGGGGCCUGUGCUGUUCAUGCCAGGGGGGCUGGGUGGUUCUGAGCUCUGCUCUGUGAUGUGGAAAGCCUUUUGCUGCAGGGCUGUUUGGUGUACCUGAAGCGUGGGAAGCAUAUGUGUGGCACUCACACAGUUGAUGUGAGCACUAUAAGGAGUGGUUUUACCUGCUGUGGUCACUUGGUUUAUUAGACUAUGUAUCAGCUCUUUCCUAGAUCACUGUGCUGCUCUCCAGGCAGUCAGAGGUGCAGGAUGCUCUUGCCUAGACUAAGCACAGGACCAUUAGUGCCAAUAGAAACAGGAUGGGACCAGUUCUGCCUGGUAAAACCAUCUUCUUGUGUGCAGACAAGGGAAAAUGCUUUUGAUCUUGAGUACCAUUGGUGCUGAAAGCAUUGUAUGCUCCUCAAACUAUAGCUACAACCCAGCCUGCUGCUGGUGAUGGCUACUGGAAUUGCAGGGGGGAAGGCUUGGAGUUGUCCUGAGGAAGCUUGAACUGUUGAAGAGCUGUCUGACUUUGAGUAGCUCUCCAAUAGGCCAGGCUCCUUAACCACGCUUUUCUGGUGUCAGAAUAACAGUUCAGUGCAACCUCACCUGGUCUGCUUCAUGCUGCAGCUUUGCUGGCUCUGUGGCUCUCAGUAUUACUGUUGGGGGGGGGAAACAGACAAGGUUCCAGCUCUCUUCCAUGUGCCAUAAGGGAUUUGAGAGCAGAAUCUGGCUUAUGUAAAACUCCUGAUGGCAGGAAAGCUGCCUGUGAGAGAAGGAACCUGUGCUGUACUUGCUUUACUUAGAUGUGGAGGAUGACUUUCAGCUAUCUAUUCAAACAUAACACUAAAAAGCACUGGGUGGCAGUAAUAUAAACCUCAAUUGAAGGUUUAUAUUACUCAGUUGAAGAGAACACUGAUAAUCUAGAAUGGAUCCUCCAGUGCAGAAUUAGACAGGAGUUCUUUCUGCUAACUACCCUGUUACCUAUGGAAAGGCCAAAAUUCACCCAUAAAAGUGAUUUGGUGGUGAGCACACGAACAGGUAACUGGUAAAAUUGAGUUCAUUGGGUAGACUUGCCUCAAUCUAAAUGCUUAUCUUCCUCUUGAGUCAGAUGUUUACAGACUUAAGUGAAUUAAAGUCUCCACCAAGAGUCUGUCUGUAGCCUGUACAGGCCAAGAAAGUUUGGUUCAUAGGAAGGUUUUGAAGCUCUACGCUUGCAUAAAUGUAAAAAUCCAGUUGAUGAGUAACUGUUUACUACUUUUUGUGUGUGCUGUGGAGACCAUCAAGGCACUAUGAUCCCUUCUCGGCAUCUCUAGCAGGUUAGAAGCACUGCUGCAUCCUAAAAAUCCCCCUUGUUUGGGUGCUGUUCUGUGAGACCACCUGCAAUGACCCCACAGUAUGUGGAAAGGCUGGUAACAGGGUAUUCCUGUGUGAACAGGAUGCAGCAGGGUGGGAAGGAUUGGCCUGUUCCUCUACCUUGUGUACACUGCUUGCCAAAAGCUGCUUGGGAAAAUGCACAGAAGGCAUUUUUGCUUCCUGACACUUUGAUUCCCGCAUGCUGUACUGUUCCAGAAGUACUGGAUGUGAUCUGUCUUGUGGACUGACAGUGGAUGAGUCUUACCUGUGCUUGGUGAUUGUUUCCCUUCCAAGCAUGGGGGAAGACCUUGGUUAGAGGUUCUAGACUGUAGAAGAAAGAAGAUCCUUCUGAAGUGACUCGGUCACUUAGGGAGACCUUUUUCCUUCAGAUAAGAAAAAAAAUAGAACAAACCCCAGUAUUAAAGGUAGGGGCCUGAAAUUCAAGUAAGAAGAGAAAAAUCAGUUAAUUAGAGGUGAAGACUGACUGUCCUUAAGGUAAAACACAGUGAAUCGGGGCUGAAGUUGUAUUCUCUUGACUUGCAGACUCUACUAAUCGUGAUAGGUAAUGAAUGGUGAUUAAUGGCAGGUCUCCGUGCAGUGAGUAUCCCCGGGGCUGCACUCGUUCCGUAGUCACCGUUACCCCCCCUGCCCCGGUCAGACACCGCGCACCCGUGCUGUCCAUCAGGCUUCACAGGCUCUACCCAGCCCCGCGCCCUUACGCAACCCGGAAGAGAAGUUCCUCGCAUUGACUUUUCCCCCCGGUUCCUGUGUUAAGUGCAAUUUCACUUUGUAAAUACCCCCUCGCUCGGGUUUUGUGCAUGGUUACGCUGUACUGUGGAUAUAAAGAUUGCCAAA